AGAAUGUAUGAUUUGUUAAAGUGCGGUAUGCAAUGCCAUCCAUCGUGCUGAGAAGCGAUCUUCCGGCGAUCCUUCAGCGCUCUUCCGGUGAAUCUCCACACUUUCUUCAACAACUAAUUCCUCCUGCUGUGUACUAAAUCUCUUCAAACACCUCACAUUAACAAUUACCUCGGUAGUAAGGUUUCUCGGGCAGACUAACAAAGAACAAGCAGCUGGUUUAACUCCUACACCGUGUGGAAUGAGUAAGAAAUGGUUUAUAUCCUCGCACUACUUACCAUCAGCUGCUUACUAAUCAUACCCGGGACAGAAUGUGCGGGACAAUGCAGUAAGAUAAAGAGUUUGUUAAAUGACAACACAAUAAAGACCAGCAGCCGCAAUAAUGAUAUCUGCAUUUUGACGGAGAAUAGCUGUUGCAACAAAGCAGUAGAAAACAAGCUCCUAGAAAAGACGAAAAGUAUUCUGAAAAACAGAGUUUUCCUCGUGUUAAAUCAGUUUUAUGCGAAGAUUGCCACCGAUAAGCAGUAUAAGAGCACUCUUCUCACGAAGAUAAUAACAAGCUCUACGCUUUCACAAGCCAAGAAAGUAGAGCUUAAUGAGAAGUUCUCGUCUUACAUAACGGGAGUUAACACUCUCACCAGCGCUGACUUGGAGGAGAUGAGAGCCGCGUCCGCUACAGGAGCCUUAUCAACCAGCUUGGGAGCGGCAGUAUCAGGAACGUGUCAAGACCUGCUGUACUUCGACAUGGAAUCGUUGAAAGAUAUCCAACUCAAAUACCUGGGCUCUAUCCUGGUUAUGUUGCGAGGGUACCAGUUAAUGACAGAACUGAUAACAGCCGCCACAUCCCAAGAUCUCACAGAGGAGUGCUAUAUUGGGGCUGUCCGGGGCGGAUUAAAAGAAGGAGUCUCCGAAACACAAGCACUGAAGUUUGGUGGCUGUAACCUGUGUCUCGAUAAGACCUCUUUCUCUCACCCCUGCGCUAAAUUAUGUAGAAACAUUCUGUCAGGGUGUCUGAAAGGACACAUCCAAACUAGGGAAUAUAUCCAGCAUCUAGCACUCAAUCAGGUAAAGUUGAACAGUCUUGUGGAACAGUUUGCACGUGCUUCAGCAGUGUCCGUCGAAGACCUAAAAUCGGAGGUGAAGUCUAAACUGCAGCUCGAUAACGAGUUCCGUGCUAGUUGUAGUAGUCUACAGCGGGGUAAAGAGCCUACUAAAAAAGCCGUGUACGACUUUGCGCUUAACUACGACGAAGACGACGCAAGAGAAACCCUGGAUUCUGACUGGUUGUGUAAGUUCGUGUUCAGCGGAGUGUCCGAGGUGAAUUGUUGGAACAAAUCCCAAGUAGGGGAGUACAGACUCAAUAUAUACGAGUUUACCAAUGAAGGGCAGCGCCAAAAUCCGGAGGUGCCUGGAAACGGACCAAACAUAAAUAUUGACGAUAUCAUAUCUGGUUAUGAAGACUACAAAGUAAAAGUCGAAGAACUAGACCAGGGUAGGAUCCCUCUAAAACCAAGCUCCUCAUCCUUUUUAGCCCCUUCACUCUUCUUAUUGACUCUAUCAUUAGCUGCUUAUUUGACUGCCACGUGACCUUGAUGCAUGUGAUGAAACUAAUUUUCUUUAGUGAAAGAUUAGGAGCAGAAAUUAGGAGAUGUUUUAGGACCCAUUUUUUUGGGUGACUGAUUGGUUUUGAUAAUCGAUAUGAUUUGACGACUUUUUAAUGAUGGUUCUGUUGUAAAUAUCUAAUAACAGCAUUGUUUUAUAAUGAUUUUUAUUUCCUUGGAGUUUAAAGUUGAUUAUUUGAAAUUUAAAAUCUUUUUUGGGAUUAUUUCGUAAGAUUAUUGCGCGAUGUAGAGGCACGUUUUCACUUAUCGGUGUCUAUUUGUUUCCAUAAAUGAAAUGCCUAAUUUGUCCUUAUGAGACCGAUACCAUGUGCCAACCGUAACAUAACGAUCCUGCUAUGAUUAAGCGUAUAAAAGUGGCCGAAGCUUUGACCGAUUUUUCAGUUCUCUUCCUUGCCAAUCCUGAAUCAGAUUUUGUAGUAACUUUGAAUUAAAAGAUAUUUUUGUCUAAUAUAAAUGUUUAACUUUAUCUGUGUGACACCGCCAUCGGUAUGUAGUGUGAUAAUUACGAUUGAGAUGUAUUUAUUGGAUUAUUUUCAUAUCACUGA